AAAUAAUUCAUCACGUGAAACUGUAGUUUUUAAGAUUAUCUGUUAUCAGUAAAAAAAAUUCUUCAUUAAGACACCAUGGUGACAUCGCCUUCGUAGCGGUUUGGUUGUCAGUUUGUUGAAUUGCUCCCGGUUUUAGUUUUAAAUCUUUGUAAUUUAUUCUGUCACCUGGUUCACUUUGUGUUAUAAAAAUUCUUCAUUACGAGACUUUUUAAUAUAAAAAUAUGACCACUAAUAUUUUUUCUAAAAGUUUGCUCGAUACUGGUACAAAUGAAGUAAUUAAUCCGGACACGUAUUUUCAAAAUAAUUUACCACCAAGUACAUUACCUGAAGAUGAAAAUAAAGUAAAAGAAUUUGUAAAUAAGCAUGAUAAAGCUGGUAGAAGAAUUGUUUUGGUUACGAGUGGGGGUACUACUGUACCACUUGAAAAUAAUACCGUAAGAUUUUUAGAUAAUUUUAGUGCUGGAACUAGAGGAGCUACCUCAGCUGAAUAUUUUCUCGAGAUAGGUUAUGCAGUGAUUUUUAUGCAUAGACAAUUUAGCUUACAACCAUAUAGUAGACAUUACACUCAUUCAACAAAUUGUUUUCUUGAUUUUAUUGAAUUAAGAAAUGAUGGCAAAAUUGAAGUUAAUUCACAAUAUAUUCCAAAAAUGAAAUCUAUAUUGGAAAAAUAUAAAAAAGCAAAGCAAGAUGGGACACUAUUGUUAAUUAAUUUCGUUACUGUAGCAGAUUAUCUUUUUCUUCUUCGUAGUGUUACGCAAAUCAUGAGAAAUUUAAAAGAAAAUGCAAUGUAUUACCUUGCUGCUGCUGUCAGUGAUUUUUUUAUUCCAUCUCAAAAGAUGGUUCAACAUAAAAUUCAAUCCGCGGAAGGUGGUUUAACUCUUACAAUGGAUCAAGUGCCAAAAUUUUUAAAGCCAAUGGUCACAAACUGGGUACCGGAAGGAUUUAUUGUUUCAUUUAAGUUAGAAACAGAUCCUUCUUUAUUAGUUGAUAAAUCAAGACAAGCAUUGACAAGAUAUGGGCAUCAAAUCGUUAUUGGUAAUCUUCUGACUACAAGAAAACUGGAAGUAACAUUUAUAACAAAAGAUUCUGAACUUAAAAUACAAUUAUCUGAAGAAGAAGUAAAUAAUGAUGUUGAAAUUGAAUCAAAGAUAAUUCCCGAAUUAGUUAAAAGACAUGAUGAAUGGGUUAAAAAUACCUAAAAAGAAAAAGCU